AUGCUGGCAGAGAUCGUGAAGCACUUCUACCCCCGGCUUGUGGAUCUGCGCAACUAUGCAGGCCUUCUGCCUCCCUGCCCCACUCCUUGCUCUCCCCUACCCCUCCUGGUCUCUGGGGCACGUUCUCAGGCUGUUUCCCUGACAGCCUUGUCAGUGUUUGUGUCCCCUCUCCGCUGGAGUCUCACCAUCAGCCACCAAGAGGACAGCACAGUCAGCUUGAGACCCACCCACCAGGGCGUCAGUCCUGCCCUCCGACUGUGCUCAACCCAUGCUGACCGCACCUCUCACUCACUGACUCACCAGAAAGUCUUUCACAAGCUGCGUUUGUGGGUCUCAGAAACGGAAAUCCGAAGGGUGGUGGACAACACGCCUGGGGUCAUCAAGCCCAUCUUGUGUGCACUGAGGGAAAAGGUGAAGGAUGGCGCUGUCCAGCAAGCCCCGCUCUCUACAGCUGCCUGCCGUACCCACGGCACCCUCCAGUGCGAAGACCCUCCGGAGUCCGAGGACUCCAGAGAAGACAGGCCCCUGUCUCCUGACCUCAGCCGCUCCACUCUAAGCUACCCCCACCAGCCCUCUGGGUUAAAGGCUGGGUGUUUGCCUUUCGGUCAGGACCCAGCCGGUGGGUGCUGGGAGCACCUGGACCCCAGGCCGCAGCAGCUACUGGAGGAAAAGGAGCAGGCUGUGGCCGUGCUGCAGGAGAUGGUCAAGGUGCAGUGACCUGGGUGCCCCUCAAUGCCCAGACACCCCCCAGGAGGCAGGGGGGCUGCCUUCCCUUCUGGGAAGCCGGGACCCAGUGUGGGUAUGGCAGGAGGUGGGGCAGGCAAGGUCCCUGACCAGGGAGAACCCACAGUUAGUUUGACUAUUUAGAAAACAGCUUAACUGUGGAACAUUCCAAACAUACCCACAAGCAGAGAGAAGAGUAUGGUGGACCUCCAUUCCCCAUGACUCACCACCACCCAGCCUUGGCAGUUAUCAGACCCCAGGGCCCACGGGGACUAUAGACAGUCACAGGUGCCACCACCCAGAGGUGCUGGAUGACAGGCCCCAGGGCUGGGGGCUGAGUCAGGGAGCAGAAAACACCCCCCAGCCCAGGGCCUAUGCCUGGUUCCGCAGGUGCACGGCUCUUCCUCUGCUCCUUCACUAAGGGUCUGCAGUGUUCCUGGGUUCAGGAAGUGCUCCGGUCCCUCGCUGACAUAGAGAGGGGGCACCCCCACCCCCACCCCUAUGGGAGCGCAGGCUGUGGGUUUGGACCUGAGACAGUGCAGGGAGGGUGGGGGUGUGCAGUCGGGUUUCAGGGCCAAAGAGCCAUCAAGAAUUGUGAGAACAGCACGGUUCCCUAGCGGAUACCCAAAUCUUGAUGAGCUGUUUUCUUGAGGAAGCCAGAAAGUGAUAUCAUCCUGUGGUUGGGAUUUGCUGAAGGCAGCAGAGAGGAAGUGAUAAGCAGCAACGGAGCUGAGGUCACCGUCAUGCCCACACUUGCGGCACCGGUCCACGUGCCAGCAAAGCGCAUCGUAACCGUUUCACUUCACCAAACCCGGAGGGGAGCACAGCUGCUCUGGCCCUUGAAGUGACGGCACAGCUGCUGCGAUGGUCGCCGAUGGGAGAUCCGCCCCGGGGAGAAGACACAGUCCCGGGGGAGUGGGGGGGCGUUCCUUGGUUUGCCUGUGGAACAGCAGCUGUGGGUCAUCCGGGCGGACGGCGCUAGCUCCGCGUGCGGCCGCGGGCCUUCGCAGCUCGGACUGGGGAGUGGGCGUGGGGGUCGCGCUGCCCACGCUGGCCCACGCUGGCCAGGGCUCACGGAGGGGUUUGAUGAGACGCCGACCCCUGCCCAGACCGGCUGGAGCUGUCUGUCCGUGGCUAGAGCGUGGGCCGCCACACCGUUGACUUCCCCUCCGUGUUUGGGGGGGACAGCUUUCUCUCGGCUGCUGUGCUGUGCCUGGGGCUGUGCUUGCAGUUAGGGAAGGCGUGUGACGUGGCUCCGGAGCUGUUCCCACGGCCGGACAGCCUGCGGCGUGGAGCCUGGCGGUUCCUCGUGCACCGACGGCAUGGGAACGUUUCCUUGGCUGUUAACUUUUGGGAGUAAAGAGUGCGCAUGCUGCCCAAAUG